AGUGCCAUAAAACAUUUCAUAAAACUAAAACUAAAACUUAGAAGAUGGACGUUAUUUCGACGAUCUAUUCUUUUCAAUCACUUCACUGUGUAUUGAAAAUUACAUUGUUCUUCUCUAUCUAUUAUUCCCCAGAAUAUACAACAACCUGACAAGACUCAAGUCUACUGCCGGUCAAAUCUGUCUUGCAUCUCACCAACAGUCCUAACCACUUGGACCAUGAGGAAAGACUUGAGCAUCUGGAACACCGAGACUCGCCAAUUCGUUAUCCUGAAUCCAGUGGGCGUGCACACCCACUUCAAAUAGUUCUCCCGACAUCCAGCAAUUUCGAACACAAACCGACACCCAUUUCGAUAGCAUUCAGGAUGAGAUUCAACAGUUGGAAAGGCUACGUAACCCCUUUCCUUUUCACCUGCUUGUUUCUGUACGCCGGGGCUGAGACGAGGAACUUCCUGAUCCUCCACUCUUCCAAAGACGGGCUGAGGGAGCUGAGGAUUUCACACAGGAGCAAACAACUCAUGGAGACGACAGAUGGCAGCCCUCUCUCCACCGGAAGUUUGGCCUUCACGAGAGUCACCGAUGGUUUCCGAUUGGUGGAGAGCGUCUAUCGCUUUGGCCUACUUACAGACUGCGUGGUGAGUACUUCGAGGAGAGAUAUUCGUUCGUUCAUAUCCGAGUUCACUCGAGUACUGCCGGGGAAAUUCGACUCGACCGUUGACGAGAUCGCAACGGUUUACCAUAAUAGCACACACGCCAGAGAUUUCGAUUUCGACAUCAAAUCUGGGAACGGAAAUUCUACAGCAGACGUAGAUAGCGUUAUCUCUCUACCUCAUACUUCAGACUCACACUCAAACAAUAACGGACUACACAACGCUAAUGAUGAAACAACAUUUCUGCCAAGCUUAGGCGCGUCAUCAUCAACAACAACAACAACAACAACAACAACAACAAUAACAACAACAACAACAACAACACCACAGUGGAAGCUGUCAGCCAAACUGUCCUCAAACAAACACCACAAGGAAUUCCUCAACAAAUACCGGGACCUGAUGAGAAUUCGGAAGAGAGUUCGAGAAUGUCAACGCUUCCAUGAGGAGGCGGAGUACCGCCUGCUCGUCCUCUCCUCUCCUUCCGUCUCUCCAUCCAUCUCGUCAGAAGUGACGGCUGCGAAUGUGUCGAAUUCUCGAGGAGAGAAAAUGUACCCCACGUUUGAGAAUAUUUUUACCAACGCGGAAGAACGCGAUUCGUUUCUGGAAGAAAUGGGUCUUCGACAACACAGCGGGACACCGAAACAUCGGGCCCAGAAUCUACCUCAACGUCGUAAUCAUAAAAACCCGCGUCAUAAUCAUCAUCGUCAUCGUCAUCACCGAAAGCAGUCUCAUCAUCACCAAAAUCGUCCCAAUGGCCCAGAAAGGCGUAGAGGUCACGAUGCAGAAACAACAGAAAAACACCAGAGUUCUUACGUAUCUUUUGAUACAUUUUCUGCGAGAAAAGACAAUAAUAAAGACAGCGAAAAUAUACCGCUACCAUCACCUCCAUUAUCAACUGAUUCCUCUUUGACGAGUUUGAAAGCAGCACACUCAUCGUUUUCAUCGACGUUGCCCCUGUCGUCAUCAUCAUCAUCAUCA